CGCCUUUUACGCACACACGUCCACGGACCCGGGUAUAGCCAUGAUUAAGAAAAUGUCCCCAUCAGAGAGCGAUUUUGACAUCCCAGCAAAGAACUGCUACAGGAUGGUGAUUUUGGGAUCCACCAAAGUUGGGAAAACGGCCAUCGUGUCCCGGUUCCUGAACGGGAGGUUUGACGAGCAGUACACGCCGACCAUCGAGGACUUCCACAGGAAACUGUACAGCAUCAAGGGAGACGUUUACCAGCUAGACAUACUGGAUACAUCAGGGAACCAUCCAUUCCCCGCCAUGAGGAGACUAUCCAUACUGACAGGCGACGUGUUCAUCCUCGUCUUCAGCCUGGACAACCGAGACUCCUUCCACGAGGUGCAGCGGCUCAAGCGACAGAUAUUCGAGACCAAGUCGUGCCUGAAAAACAAGAUCAAGGAGAACAUCGACGUGCCGCUGGUCAUCUGUGGGAACAAGGGCGACAGAGAGUUUUACCGGGAGGUGCAGCAGGAGGAGAUCGAGCAGCUGGUGGCCGGGGACGAGAAGUGCGCGUACUUCGAAAUCUCCGCCAAACGCAACGAGAACGUGGAUAAGAUGUUUCAGACUCUGUUUACCUUGGCCAAACUACCUCACGAAAUGAGUCCCGACCUUCACCGGAAAGUGUCCGUGCAGUACUGCGACAUGCUGCACAGAAAGUCUCUGAAGAACAAGAAGAUGAAGGACAUUGGGGAGGCGUACGGCGUGGUCACUCCGUGCGCCCGGAGGCCCAGCGUGCACAGCGACCUCAUGUACAUUAAGGAGAAGGCGAUAGGGGGCGGCCAGGGCAAAGACAAAGAGAGAUGUGUGAUCAGCUAAGCGGACUGCGAGGCGCAAACUCAACGCAAAACCUUUGGAAGGAGCCGGAGCCUUGUGCGUCAGCUUGAGAGGCGACCUGCGCGGCCGGCUGUGCUCAAACUGACACGUGAGGUGUGGAGACGCCGGAGCCGCCGCGCGCUUUGGCGCAGUGCCGUUUCCAAGGACACUGACUGGACUCGCGAGUGCGCGAAAACCACCAAAAAAAAAAAACCUUGCCCACGAGACUUGUGAGAAUGUUAGCUUGUCCUGUCAAUCAGAGCCCCAAUGUGUGACGUGGCUUCAUACCUUGUGAGACUCGCGCAUCGGUGCGUAAAAUGUAUUUUGUUGACGUCAUGCCUUUUCCAGAUGUCAGAGGGGAGACAAAAGAGACCCUUGGUGGGGGAAUAAUGUUGUUUACAUCUUAUCAUAGAUUUUCUAAUAGCUAAGUAAACU